AUGAUUCUCAACCUUAGCAUCCUGAAUGUGCUGCUCUUGCCACCUGUGCUGCUGCUAGUAUCGGGGCUGGCGCUUUUCAACUUUCAAAAUGUGUUCCGCUUUCUUACGUCAGAUCUCAAGCGCUAUAUGACUAUCCCGAUUGUGCAAAGUCUAAAACCCUAUGCUGACAAAUUGCGUUACGCUCUCGAACAUGUGCUGGGCAAAGCGUCUACAUUCAAGUUUAAUGUGUCUCAUGUACUCAUGAUGGCAGUGCUAAUUGUACUGAUUGCUAUCUACAACGCUAUUCAGAAGAAUAAUCGAUUGCAGGAGCAACAGCUUAAACUGCGCCAAAGGAGCAAGCGUGCGUAG